GUACUGACUGUGUUGUCUCCCCUAGAACCCAUCACACUGACAGCUAUGGACCCAGAUGGGGAGAUCAUCGUCCAUGCAGACAGAGAUGAGGAGGAGGAGGAGGAGGCUGGGGAACAGGAAGAGCAAGAGCGCCACUUGCCGAACGGAGAUGUACAGCAUCAUCACCGACGUCCCAUGGUGAAUGGGAUUGGUCCUGCAGACAUCGAUGACGAGCCAGUGCAACAGCGCCCCCCGGUGGAUAGGAACGGUCCUGCAGUCAUCAACGCUGAGCUAGAUGACGGUGCAGUGCAACAGCGCCCCCAGGUGGAUAGGAACGGUCCUGCAGAUCUCAUCAUCAAUGCUGAGCCUGAUGACGAGGAAGUAGUACAACAGCGCCCCCCAUUGAAUGAGAACGGUCCUGCAGACAUCAAUACUGAGCCUGACAACGAGGCAGUACAACAGCGCCCCCCAUUGGAUGGGAAUGGUCCUGCAGACAUCAACGCUGAGCCUGACGACGAGGCAGUGCAACAGCGCCCCCAGGUGGAUAGGAACGGUCCUGCAGAUCUCAUCAUCAAUGCUGAGCCUGAUGAUGGUGAAGUAGUACAACAGCGCCUCCCGGGGGAUGAGAACGGUCCUGCAGACAUCAACGCUGAGCUAGACGACGAGGAAAUACAACAUCGCCACCUACCCAAUGGCCAUCUGGAACUGCAGGACGACCAGGAAGAUGAGCCCCAUGAUGGAGAGGCUGGUGAGGGGGCGGAGUUGGAGGGGGGGUACCAGGAUGGGGACCCCCCUGCGGUACCCGGGGAGGAGGGGGAGGAGGAGGAGGGGCAGGAGCCUGUGGAUGAGGAGGAGGUGAAGAGGAAAGAGGAGAGGAGGAAGUGCAAGAGGCUCUACAUCUCAAUCUGGGGCGUGUCGUUGGGGUUCAUGCUUGUUUACGCGUGUCACCACGGCGUUCUCAACAUGGAGCGCAUCCUGAACGAGGCCAAAGGUCGCGGGCACGACACGACGUCGAUGCUGUUCGGUUUCGGCGCCGCGUCGUGUUUCUUCGCCAUCGUUCCCGUGAAGUGGAUCGGCGCCAAGUGGGUCUCCUUCCUCGGACUCGGAUUUAUCAGCAUCUUCACUGCCCUAUACUACAUGCCGGAUAACCAGUACACGCAGAGCACAGCGGCGGUGCUGGCUGGAGUGGCCACGGGGCCGGUGUGGGCCUCGCAGGGUCGCCUGGUCACUCUGACCGCCAUCCGGUACGGCCGGCUGACCCCAACCGUCGGCCACCAGGACACCUUCAUCUGCAGGUUCAACGGCAUCUUCUUCUUCCUCUUCCAGAUGGCCCCCACAUGGGAAAACCUGGCCUUCUCUCUGCAGUUUGUGUUACGCAAUGACACCAUGGACGUUUACACGCUACGGGACCAGGUCGGCAACCUCACCUGUGGGAGCAGAAACAACCGUUACGACGCGUUGUGCAGCUGGGGGGAGCGGAGAAACGAGUGUCUGGUGCCCUUCAUCGACAGCGCGCUCGUGACCUUCUGCAUCGUCAGCAUCAUGCUGUUCUUUGGGGUCGUUGGCAUGACGACCAGCCUCCUCAUGACCCGCAAACUCACCCGAAGUACGGACGACUCACGGAACCAGAUGAAGGUCCAGCGUUAUUUCUGGCUGAUCGUGACGAAGGUGCCGCGGAUGUGGGGAGAGUGGCGUCUGCGGCUGCUGAUUCCUCUCAUCGUGUUCACAGGCAUGCAGCAGACCCUGGUCUUCAUCGACUUCGCAGAUUCAUACGCGUACUGCGGCACAGGCAGCAUGUGGUCCGGGUUCAUCAUGGCGAGUUACGGGAUAACCAGCGGUCUGGCGGCUCUCGUGGUCGGGUAUGCCUUACCUCGCGUCGGGCGGCUGGGUAUGGUGGGAACUGGGGCUGUUCUCAACAUAGCGCUGCUGACGACCCUGCUGCUGUGGACGCCCAAGUCAUACCUGGCGCAGAAACCUGACGUGAGUCACCUGGGCACACCUUUCUCCGUGCCGCAGGACAUCGGUGCGUUCUUCGCGGUCGUGGCGGGAUUCGGCGUGUGCGACGCCAUCUGGCAGGUCUUCCUCAACAGUCUGCUUGGCAUCAUGUUUUACCACAAGAGAACGGAGGUGGCCUUCUCCAACUUCCGUCUCUUCAGCAUCAUCGGGAUGUCUUUUGCCUUCUGGUAUAGAGACAGUUUCUCCGUGCUUGUGAAGAUCAGUUUGCUGAUGUCGGCGUUUCUCCUGUCCCUGGGGCUGUACGGGCUAUUCGAGUGGAGGUACCGCGGCGUGCAGCAUCCUCAGAACCCUGAGCUGGACGAGGAUGAUGCUGAGGAUGAGGAGGAUGAUGGAGAGGACCGGGAGGAUGACCUGCGGAACCCCGGCGCGCCCUGGCAUCCCGACCCCAACAUCAACUUCGAGGCCAUGCGGCGCGAGGGCGUCCAGAACCAGCACGAAGGGGUCAUCGACGACGACCUUGAGGACGACGACCUUGGUGAGGACGACCUUGAGGAUGACCUUGAGAAUGACCGGGUCGUGGGUCGCGGACCGAUUAUCUAUGAGGACGAACAGGAGCUGCUGAACAGGGGUCGCGGGGUCAGAGGUUUUAGGUUAUUUGGGGGCAGAGGUCGGGAUGAUGACAUUGAGGUGUAGGGCGGGGGGUAGAGUUUGUGAUAAACUUUUCUCCCUGCAGAUUUGACGGGAAGUCGUGAGAACUUAACUGUGCCACAGCGAUGUAUUAUAAGGCCACAACAAGUUUAUUGUUGGUUCUCGUAUCUUUGAAGUAACUUGCUACUGGAAGAUCAACAAUUUAACAGAGAGGGGAAAGUCUCUUAAUAAGAAAUAUUAUUUCACAACUUAGGAAUAAUGAUCACAAUUACAGUAUAUUAUAUUAUGAAGAAGGAGCAAAGACCAAUUUAUUAUAGUUCAUGCAGCAGAAACCUUAAGCUAAGCAAAGUUUCAGUCUAUAUUUAUCUGCCACAAAGUAUCCAUAUGGAGCUUAAGUGUUGCAAUGCUAUAUAUAUAAGAGUAUGCUCUAAAAUUAUAGUUAUACCUAUGUGUUAUUACUGUAUUUUCAAAAGGCUAAAACUUGAUAUAACAUUAGUUAUUUGUGAAGUGCUGUCAUACAAUGA